AUGAGCAAAUACUUUGAACUGGAUAUGCUUCAAGCUGAGUGCUUCGCUCUUGUUUCAGACACGUUGAAGGGAAUCCACAGAAAGUAUGAGAAAGGAGAACUGAGCGAACAGCAGUUUACUGAAGUGCAGCAGCUCUGCAGCACAAUCCGAAUGUGUCACCUUUUCAAGGAUUGUCCCGACCAGCCGCGCUAUUCUGAAGCGGAUCUUGCAGAUAUUGAUUCGGAAGAUAGUUAUGAGGAUGCUGUCACUUUUCUGAAAGACUUUUUCAAUGACCGCGCAUAUAGCGAUGCUAAUUCUGCGUUCUUCGAUGAUGCGAUGGAUGCUCAUAGCGGUGCUGCUGCUCCGUCCGACGAGGACGCGAUGGAUGACGAAGUAGUGCACCCAGCUGAUGAUUGGCGGGUGUAUCACACGACGGACGAGAAAAUGGAGCAGUAA